UCAUGGUCUUAUUUCCCUUUUGCAGAAGUACCACCCUCUGUAUUCUGAGGAAAUCCAUCCUUAAACAGUUGAUUUUUUCACAAGUGCAUGAGUUUUCCUUGCCUGCCUGUAACAGCUCGUCUGUGCUGGUGCACGUACACUGUUCACCAGCAGCCAAACACAUCUGCUGCAGAGUUUGUGCCAAGCUGGGUAGCCAUGGCAGGUGAUGACUGUGUGAGGAAACGCCAGUCUGGCUCCACUGCACCCUGCAAGACCCCUGAGAAUGAAGAAACACAGAGGAGACCUGAGAGCGAGAGGUCGUUUCAAAACUCAAGCAAUGGCCGUGUUGAUGUCGACCACGUGAUAACAAGGAAAAUGCAGCUAAUAGCAGAAGCUGAGCAACUGAAGCCAGCUUUCAUGAAAGAGGUGGACAGUCACUUCACAGAGUUUGUGAACAGCUUGGUGGCAAAAUCGGCGCUGCUGGAUUCCUCAUCUCCAGCCUCCCUCUUCCCAGCUUCCUGCUCAGAGAAGGAAUUGCACAAAGCCAAGAACUCAAGGGCCCCUCCAGAACACGGGAAGAUCUUUACUGCCAGGAGGUCUCUCUUGGAUGAACUGUUUGAAGUGAGUCACAUCAGGACAAUCUACCACAUGUUCAUCGCUCUCCUCAUCGUCUUCAUCCUCAGUACACUUCUAGUAGACUUCAUUGAUGAAGGAAGGCUGGUCCUAGGAUUUGAUCUCCUGGUCUUUGUUUUUGGAAAGUUCCCAGUUGUCUUCUGUACUUGGCUGUGCAUGUUCAGUGCCACAGUUGUCAUUCCAUACAACCUUUUCAUCUGGUGGGCCCAAGGCUACUGCAGUUCCUCCCAUCGUGCAAUCCACUCUUUCUUCUAUGGGAUGUUGUUCACACUCUUCCAAAUAGCUGGGCUUGGCUUUGGACCAACCUAUGUUGCUGUAGCCUAUGCCCUGCCUCCAGCUUCCCGUUUUAUUGUCAUACUGGAACAGGUCCGUCUUGUUAUGAAGGCUUAUUCCUUCAUCCGGGAGAAUGUACCCAGAGUCCUGUCCUCUGUGAAGGACAAGUCCAGCACAGUACCUAUUCCCAGAAUCUCUCAGUACCUGUACUUCCUCUUUGCUCCCACCCUCAUCUACAGAGACAACUAUCCCAGGAAUCCCACGAUAAGAUGGGGCUACGUAGCCACCAAGUUUGCACAGGUGCUUGGUUCACUUUUCUAUGCCUACUACAUCUUUGUGAGACUCUGCAUUCCUCAGUUUCACAACAGUAGCCAAGAAACCUUCAAUCUUCGAGGGCUGGUCCUGUGCAUCUUCAACUCCAUUCUGCCAGGUGUACUGAUUCUUUUCCUGGUGUUCUUUGCAUUCCUGCACUGUUGGCUCAACGCAUUUGCCGAGAUGCUGCGCUUUGCAGACAGGAUGUUCUACAAGGACUGGUGGAAUUCCACAUCCUAUGCAAACUACUACCGAACCUGGAACGUGGUAGUACAUGACUGGCUCUAUUACUAUGCCUACAGGGACUUCCUUUGGUUUUUUGGUAAGAAGUUCAGAGCAGCAGCUAUGCUAUCUGUCUUCACUGUAUCAGCUGUUGUGCACGAGUAUGUCCUGAGCAUCUGCUUUGGGUUCUUCUAUCCAGUUCUCUUUUGCCUGUUUACAUGCUUUGGAGUGGUCUUCAACUUCACCCUCAAUGACCGUCGGAAAGGGCCCAUCUGGAAUGUGAUCAUGUGGACUUCCCUCUUCCUGGGCCAAGGUGUCAUCAUCUGCCUCUACAGCCAGGAGUGGUAUGCACGCCAGUACUGCCCUACGGAAAACCCCACGUUCCUGGACUAUUUAAAGCCACGCUCGUGGUCGUGUCAUACGAAGAUGUGAAAAUGGUGUCCUCUGGCCAUGUCGUCACUGAAAAACAGAGUUGUCCUCCAAGUAUUUGGACCAGUGAUCUAACUCACUACAGACUUUUUCUAAGGGAAGUUGUGCCUCCUGAUUAUUGGGGAGAAACUGUAAUUUUUUUUAAACGUUGCUGGAGCAAACCAGUUGACCUGGGUUGCAACAGACUUCAUAGGCAGCAUCUAUUGCGUGCUGUCCCACUUUGAGCCGUUUCCAUGCCAGUAAAACAUUGAGCUGAAGGUGGAGUCUACUGGAAUCCUACUCAUCCAGGGGUCCCCCCAAGUUGCUGCUUUUCUGGACAAGAGGCAAGCUAGUCAGAUUUGCUGGUAGCUCAUUGUUGGCAUCCGUCCAUCUUCCUUAGCCAUCCCUCUGCAGGUUUUUUUUCUCCCUUUUGGUAACGGGGUGUCUACAAACCUUCUGUUCUUUGUGAUCCUGCCUGCCACUGUGACAAGUGGCAGAGCAACAGCGUGUUUGCCUUCUUGCUCUGAAGAUAGCCAAAGUAUUCCUGGCUGGCUUUGAACUGGGUUCCAUGUGUGUUGGCUGCCAACAGAUAUAAAAUGGGCAGAGGGAGAGGGGACUGUCAGUGUGCUUCUGGCUGCGUUGCAGAGUCAGGUUUGGAAGCAGGGCAUGGUGUGGGCAGUCUUUAUAUGACUUUUUACACUGAAAAUUUGUGUUUUAUCUGUAUUCAUUUAGUUCCCAACUGUCUUACAGCAUUUUUGUUCUCUGAAGGCCCUUGUGACUUGAGGAAUAGUUUUUCUUCUUGCUCUUCCUUUCUCCUGCUCUAGAUAAUCAAUUCUUUCAACAUGAGUAACUUGUAAAAGAGCUUUUACUUUAAUUUGGCAGGUGCUUUAAGGUAUAUAUAUGGUUGUUAAGGGGUUCUUUACUAAGAAAGACUUGAAAUACUACAAGCCAACUGUAAGAAAAUGGGAUCAACAUUACAGGUACAUGGCCCACUCUCAUUUGGCCAUGUGCAGCUCAGCACCUUGGUGCCACUUGCCCACAUGUGUUGCAGCUGCUUCUAAUGCUGCUGGGGAAUGAAGAUCAACUGGUGGAGGAACCUUGACUUUGGUGAAGAGGGUCACCUGCUAGAGAUACCUUAACUUUGGUGACAAAGAUUUCAGAAUUAUUCAGAUGUUCUUUGUUGGCACUUUUUGGUGACAGUGUUUCCGUACUGACCUACAGCUCUGGGUGUUUGACACCAGCAGUAUUGGGACAGCUGAUGGACUUGUCUCCCAAACCACUUCAGACGCUCUUUUGGGCUUCUGUUUUUGCUAACCUGAGUCAGAAGUAAUUUCAUGGGAGAAAUUAAACUCUUCCAGGUGUUCAGUCUUCAGUAAGGAGUCCUGCUCUUGAGAAAGGACGUUGUCAGGGCAAAUUUGCCAAAUACAGUGUUUGCGUGUGUGGCUCUCCUCUGACAAUAACUCCUGCUAGAAAUUGCUCACUGAAACAGUUGAGGUAAUUUCAGAGGAAGAGGGUCACGUAUAUACUCAAAUUUGGUAGUAUUAGUUUAUAAAAUCCUGAGAAUUAAAUGGAUUACUUUAUCCUCAUUCAGCUUGAGUAAUCCUAUAUCUUUCACCAUACCUUUUGUGGGAGGAAAGAACAGAAGUUCUGGAACAACUAAGCUUCCUUAUUGAAAAAGACAAAACCCCCACCCUUUGGCUAAGCAGCUUUGUCACCUCCUUGGCAUAGGAUGAAACUCUGUCCCGUUCUUUUUCAUUUGGUGCUCAAAACACAGAUUUAACUGCACUCAAGGGGGGUGUGAUGGAUUAGGGACUUGGCUUGUUGUCUUCUUGCCUGUGUCAGGUCUUGGUACUGUCUCAGUGUUCUCAAAAGGAGACCAAACCCUGGUGGUGGCUCACUUUGUGCCCAAUUUUGGUGUUGCCCUCACAGCUGGCACUGUCAAAUGCCCAAAAGGAACAUCAGCAUUUACUGUGUCAGCAUCUUCACUGUUUGAAGCCUCGGGGCUUGAGCAUCUGGCAAGCAAAAGGCAACCAGAAAGGGAUGCUCAGCUGUUGGCACUAGUCUUAGUUUUUGACAAGUUGAGGUUUUUAGCCUUGUAGAUCAAGGUAUCUGGCAACUGUGCUGUCAGGGCAUUAACAAUUUGGAUUACUUUCAAUUCUGUGGGGUUUUUUUAAUUGCUUCUGAAUGUGGGCUUAUUUUCAUUUUUCUUAAGAGUGCUGGAGGGGAAAUACUAAGUCUUUUGCACGUUGCUCAUUUAUUUAGUGUCAAGUAUACCAUGCUGGAGUUUUCUUAGGCUGUGAGUGCCAGACCUAGCAGUCCAGUGUUCUGGUCAAUAAGGAGGAUGCGAAGGUUCCCACCUGCCCUUUACAAGUACUUAAUGUAAUAUAUACUGUUUCCUGUGGUUCUUUCCAACACAAGGACUGUGCAACUUGCUUCCAUGGUAACUCCCUCACUUAUGAGGUGGGAAGCCUCCAGCAUUGGAAUGGCAGCCAGUACAGCUGCAGCUCCUUGCUCAGUAACCUCACGAAAAUCAGUAUUAAUACAGCAAAUGCAGCCUGGUUUUCAUGCAGAAAACAAUUUGUUCUUGGGAAGACCAAACCUCUGUGGAGCACUUAUGCCUAGUAGGUCCUUUCUGUCGGGGUGUUUGGCUUCCAGCCUCCAGGGUUGAAGCAGUCCUGCAUCUGAACUGUGAGCUGUGAGCUCUCCCGUGGCAACCGUCUGAGUACAGCGUGUGCUGUGUGCCAUGGUGUGAGCUGGGGCAAAUCCCAGUGGAUUUUUUCAGGAUGGAAUGGCAUGGAUUGCUUGAACCUGAUGAAGGGAAACUGAACUGUUGGAGCUUCUGCUGCCAAACACAGAAGGGCUGGAAGGACAGCAGAUUCAAGGAGUCCAUGGGCUCUGUGGCAUCAGGAUGAUGAGCUGGCUCCCUGUGGUACCUCUGAGCCAGCCCUGGCUCAUCCCUUCUCCUGGUGCCUCCAGCCAUGGUGCCCCUUCCCUGGUGGUGGCAGAGGACAGCCUAGCCUUGGCCCUGGCCCCAGCCAUUCCAUGAUACACCCUGUACUGUGUUCUGUCACGCACAAGAGCUGUUUAUAAUCUACUGUAUUACAGCAGUUAAAAUAUAUUUUGCUAUUAGGGGAGGAAAAAAAA